UCUUGCAAGGCGUAUCUCAAGCUAUCCUAUCUCCCUUUGUCAAAGUGUGUGCAGUUUAAAUGUUCCCGGAGUCUUUCCAGAACACCUGUGGGUCUGUGGCCAAGGAUUUCCUACCACGCUAAUACUACCACUAUUGUCAAUCCCGAUACCCUAUCUUCCACGGACUAUGGAUGAAAUCAAUAUGAGUUACUAUCAGGCCGUCCAGCCAUACCUUCACAGACCUGCCCUUGUCUCUAACCCCAAGAAAUCAAACAUUUCUCUCUUCGAUUCUACCGUACCAUCCAAAAUCCAGACGUUCACUGACAGCGAAGAAUUCGAUAAAUAUAUAUCGACGACCCCGAAGCCCACCACACGAAUCAUUUCCAUCUCUAGUCGCAUUUCGACCCAGCCCCUCGGCAUUACAGAAACGUCUUUAAGAACACUCAUAAAUGCCUAUACUAUCCAUCACUCAUACCUCGAUCGUGUCCUUUCGUUUGGUGACAAGCCGCGCUGCUCAGAUGCGGGACAUGGAGGUUUAAUCGUGCAACGUAGGGAGCAUGGAUCAUAUGAUUCCCACUACCUGUUCGCAUACCCAGAAGGCUAUAACAAUGGCCAAUCCGUAGCGUGGACGACCCGACAGACCUGCGUUUUCCACCGAUUCGACCCCUCUGGGAACGAAAACCUGUGGAUAUUUCUACACGCGGGUCCACGCACCAAACUACAGACAACCAUUGAGGCCGACAUUUCCUCGGGUGUCUUCUCGUCUGAGACCAGCUGGUGCUCGUUUCACCUGCUGGCUCUUGCUACCUAUCUCUGGAACUGGCGGUGGUAUAUUCGUUACUUGGGGGAUGGCAUUGAACGCAUAGUGGAAAUGGCGCUCACUCUGAAUGACGCCGACCUGCAAUCUGUUAAUCAGUCGAGUCCCCUGAACUUGCUUAAGCCUCAGUACUUGGAGGAUAACCUUGCCCCGGUAAAAGCACAGGUAGGUGUUGCGCUGCAGAUAGUUCGCAGGCUGGGGGAGUUGAACGCCCAGCUUUACUCAAACGGCCUCAUUAAAGAGUCCCAAUUGUUGGCAAUUGACAAUGUGCUGGAGCAUCACCGCGUGAGCCUGGAAGGGCACCUAGACAGUGUGACGGCGCUGGAAAGGAAGGUCCGUGGAAUCUCACAGCUGCUGGCCGUCGCACUCAACCUGAGAAACCAGUCUGUGACCAUCGAGAUCAAUAAUCGGUCGCUGGACAUGAAUCGAGAGUCGGUCGACGACAAUGCGACUGUGCGAGUUGUCACGCUGGUCACUUUGACUUAUCUACCUGCCAGCUUCGUUUCUACUCUUCUUGGAAUGAACCUCUUCAAUUUCAACGACCCCAACGGCAAUACAAAGUUCACAAUAUCUCCGCAAUUCUGGAUCUUCGUAGUCAUUGCUAUGCCUUUGACGGCGCUUACUCUUGGGUUUUGGUAUUUCAUGAUGCGCCGGCGAUUGAGAAAGCGGAAAUAUUCUGACUGUGAGGGGGAUAUUAAAUGUGGAUAAUUGGUUACCAGGCCAUGGAGAUAUGACUCGUUGAUGACCAUCAGGUGCAUGGCGAGAGAGGCACCUCUGUGGUUCCAUAUCCAGUGGUCUGGCCCAACCAAUCCGGUGUGCUACUAUAUACGGCUUCUUGGACUAUCUCUACAUGAAGAACACAACAAGUGAAACUAAUUCUAUACGAAACUUUGUCGACCCUUUUGAGAGACGGAAUCACUUUAUUUUUAUAUAUA